UGAGUGCUUGCUGUGAAUCUGGUCGACCCGACUGUCCGCAGCAGGGGCAGCUGCUGACAAUGCCGUUGACGUCAUCGUUCGUCGUUACUGGCAGGUCGGGAUGUGAGACGGCAACGACGACGGGGACGACGACGACGACGAUGCCCUGCGCCUGGAAGAGGCCGAACAGCAGCAGCCGAAGGAGGUCGUUGACGUCAUCAGGAUUAUCUACAGAAGGAUGUAGGAGCUGCUUCUUUGAAGUGGCGGCCUUUAAGGCGCGCCAAGCCGAGGUCGCGGCCGCUAACAGCAGCAGAAUCACCCAGCGCAAGGCAGAGCGGAUGAGGACGAGAAGGGAGACGAUCUCCCUGCACGGCAACUGGAGAUGUCCUCCCUGCCACUCCUCCUUGUCCGCCCCGUCAUCAUCCUCUUCUUUUUCAUCUCUGUCCUUUCAUCGAAGUCCCCUUGUGCAUACACGCGGCCUCCUCCCCUUGAAUACCAUCGGUGUCAUUGUCACCACGACAGACGAUCGUCGGAAGAUGUCAUUUGGGCGAACCAAUCAGCUGGAGAAACGAACAGGCAGCGUUGUGACCGUGAUGGCUGGCAGGAUAAAGUUUUCGUCGUCGUUGGCAGUGGACAUUCCCCUCAGAGAGCAUCCAGAGGUUUCCUUUGAUCAGUACAUACUGGAUCGACCGCGUUUGUUUCAUGCCAUGUUCCCCGAUCGUAGCCGCAGCCAGCGUCUUGACGAGGAGACAUGGCGCAUCUUCAUGUUACCAAUCACGUUCAUUUUCUUGUCUGCUCGGCCAGUCGUUGACAUGAGAAUAUGGAACGAGGAUGCAUCGAGUUUCAGUGUGGCCAUCGCUCGGAGAGCCGGGAUGGUUAACGGGACGGCAAAGAAAGCAGCACACACUCUCUGCCUGCAAGCUACAAGGUGUAAAUUGGAGGGUCUCGAUUUCAUCAUGAAGCCUUCGGAUUUUAUUCUCGGUGUUAACGGAGUGCUCUUUGCAGACAGGAGUGCUGGUUCAACGAGGCUCAAGGGUUCUGUUGCCCUGUCUGUUGAUCUGGGAAGCAUUCCAGAAGCUAUUUCAGCAACACCUCAACCACUGAUCGAAGGAGUUGGUGACUUGGUGGGUUGUCUUCCUCCCAACAUACUCAUGUCUAUCUCCAUUGCCACUCUGAAAUCCCAACUGUCUCUUGCUGCUGACAGUGCUGAGUAUCACUGCCUCCCGAUUACCUCUUAACACAGCAAUAUCAUCCUUGCUACGUUUUUUUUUUUUUUUUUUUUUAGUGCGUAAUGCUAGGCUGUUUUCCUGGGCGCCCGGGCACCCAACUU